AUGAGGACAGCUUGGCCAGAAAUGGAACUCACCCAGUUUUCCCCCGUGACUACAGUCACUUUCAGCUACAACUACUACUACUACUACUAUGAUGACAACUGCCCAUAUCAGAACCUGCAACAUAUGUCUACUUUUCUCCCUAUCCUGUACACUGCUCUAUUCCUGGUGGGCAUUGUGGGCAACUCCAUCCUGAUAGCAGCCUUGGUCUUCAAGCGACGGGUCCAGAGGCUGAUUGACAUCUUUAUCAUCAACCUUGCUGCAUCUGACUUCAUCUUCCUCAUUACACUUCCGCUCUGGGUGGACAAGGAGGCAUCAGACGGGAGCUGGAGGGUAGGAGCUUUCCUCUGUAAAACUAGUUCCUAUGUCAUCUCAGUUAACAUGUACUGCAGCAUCCUCCUCCUCACUUGUAUGAGUGCUGACCGGUACCUUGCUAUCAUGCAUCCCUCUAUUGCUAGACGGCUCAGAACAAGAUCCUAUUGCAGUGGACUCUGCAUCUGUGUCUGGUUAUUAUCCUGCUGCUUAGGAAUGCCAACCCUUUUGUCCAGAGAACUGAAGAAGCACUAUGGAAAGACUUACUGCACAGACAAAGCCAUGACAGAAGCCAAGCAGAUUAUGUCACUGAUGCUUUUAAUCCUGGCCUUCUUCUUACCACUGUUGAGUAUCUUAACCUUUUACUGCUCCAUAACCAAAAGACUCUGUGUGCAUUAUCAGAGAACUGGUAAACAUGAUAAGAAACUCAGAAAAUCCAUCAAGAUUGUCUCCAUUGUAGUAGCAGCUUUUGUUAUCUCCUGGGUUCCCUUCAAUCUUUUCAAGCUUAUGGCCAUCCUUUUGGGACUCAUGAAGCAGACUGAUUGUUUUCCUGACAUGGUUGCCCAGCUGGGUAUGAAGGUGAGCAGCCCUUUUGCUUUUGCCAAUAGCUGUGCCAACCCUUUCAUUUACUAUUUCUUUGACAACUACAUCCGCAGAGCCAUGCUUCGGUGCCUCUGCCCAUGGGUGAAAAGCAAGAGCAGCGGCAGCAACCUGGAUACUCAGGACACUCGCCUGAGCCACUCCUUAUCCAAUUUCAUUGCCGGGGAGAAUGCCGCUAGGAAGAGGAAGCGCUCUGUGUCCCUCUGA